AGCUUUCCCACUCAGCCUUGCAAUGGCGGAGCUGAACCUCCUUCAGCUCGUCGAUCUGACCAUUUCAUUUUAUUUAUUGGAGAUGAGAAGAAUGCCCCUCCUAUUUAAUAUCGCGCCCAUCGGCCGUAUUAAAUUGGAACUGAACAGCUCACUUCUUGACAUGACUGCUUUGUCUAUAUGUCUCAUCAAAGAUUAUCGAUUCCAUUGAUUCAAUAUGCCAAAUCCUCCCCAGCUGAAGCCUCGGCGGCUUAGGACGCGUACGGGAUGUCUGACUUGCCGCCAACGGCGGAAGAAGUGCGAUGAACGGAAACCCAAAUGCGUGGCUUGCACACGCAACAGGGUUUCCUGUACUUGGGAAUUUGCUCCCGAGGAUUCAAAUUAUGAGCAGGCGAGGGCUGUGGCUUUGUCUCGUUCUAACGCGCUCGACGUGCCGCCUCAUGCCCAACUACGGGUGUUUCUGGAAGUGUCCAAAGCAGCGCGUGCACAGCCGCGCCUCCGUGCGGAGCUUGAACUAUCCGUCCACAUAUCCAAGUGCACACGUCAUUAUCUAAGUGCCACGGCAGACACAUUGUUUGCCCUAACAUCUCCCUGUCGGGAAGGGCUCUGGACGAGAAUGGUCCUUGGAGAGGCCCAGGCCCACCCGUUCCUUAUGGACUCCGUAGACGCCCUCUCAUCGUUUCAUUGCGCAUAUCUAUAUCCAGAGGAUGCGCCGCGAUAUGUCAAGCUAGCGCGGUUGAGCAAUGCAGCUGGAUUGGCCAAGUUUCGCUCGUCCGUAAUCCGGAUCAACAAGCACAAUGCCACGGCGACGUUAACAUUUACGUUCUUCCAAAUACUCCUCUGCCUCACAACGCCCUUUGCACUUGGAGGUGAAAGACCCUCUGAAACCAUUGACAGCUUACGGGACUUGCUGGUCGCACUGCGCGGUUACUACCAUCUUCAACCGGCAUCGUGUCCAUAUGUAACGGACCCGGCAGUCACCGCCUGGCUAAAAGAUAAACCAGAUAACUCUUCUUCUUCUUCUACUCCUGCUCAUUCGCACAAUACUGAUAUCCUUUGUCGUCUCUCACAUUUAGCAGCCGCUAUUGACACGGCAAGCUUUUCAGCUGAAGAAAAGAGAAUCUCCCGUGCGGCGCUGGUGCAACUUUAUUCUUUUUUUGCAAGCACGCCACUCGAACCAAACUUUUCGAUCCUAUUUACUUGGCCGUUGAUUCUCUCAGACAGAUUCCUCGAUCUCAUCAUGGCACGCCAUCCCCUAGCUCUCAUCAUCAUCGCCCACUGGAGCAUACCUGUCUUCCAAGACCAACAUUGGCUGUUUGAUAAGUGGGCUGAUCAGAUCUUCCACAGUGUGGCCAGCAUUGUUGGGCCGAAAAUGCUUUAUAUGCUUCAGGGCCUCCGGGAUGGGACUACGUAUAGAUCGGAUGACGAAUUAAAUUCUGUGAUUAUGAAGAAUUGGCUUCUGGAGGAGGAACCUCAACGGAUUCCACAUCGAGGUAAAAACCCAUUGGUGGAGCGGCGUUGACGCCUUAUAUAGAGGCAGCUACCUUAUCUAACUGAAUAUAUGUUGACUGUACUUACCGAACGACACAUUUAUGCACAAGCACAUUGUACUUGUCAUAGCCUUCCAUAC